GUACUCAAAAAUGUUAAGUUCAGUACGUGUUUGGUUUCGAAAUUCACACAAAGUUUCCAUUAUUGGCAUUGAAUUGAAUUUUCCAAAAAAAAAUGCACUUUUUCAUCGACGAAUACGAAAUAAAAUAGGUAAAUAUUAGAUGAAAAAUGUUCAAAAGGUGUAAAUCUGGGAAGUUCUAGAGUAUCUACAUAGAAUAAAAUUGUCGCCGACUCGCUUAAAAGACAAAUUCAGUAGACCAAUUCAUUCAAGCGUCCAUUUUGGUAUAAAAUGAAGACAACUUUUUUUUGUCUAACCAAACGAAAUACUAUGCUGUAAUCGAUGUAUUCAAAUGGGACAUCGUUUUAUACAGCUCUAUGUUUAUGCAUUUCAUAUAAUUUGACUUCGUUGUUUAAAUGGUAGUCCUCGAAUUGGGAAACCACAAAUUUCUAGGAAAUUAUAUUCUAUAUAUUUCAUGCAAUCACCAAAUUGCAUCUCAAUUCUUGUGAUGAACAACGUAAACAUCGUACAUUAGAAUUUUAUUUCAAAGAAAACACCCAUUGAAAAUCACUCGGAGAGAAUGUAUAUCGUCAUAAGGAAGCAUUCUCUCUUCUGUUUCACUUUUCCAUUUCAUUAUUUUGCAUUAUCAAGUAAGCGCACAUCUGUAUUUGAAGAAAGAACAACGUGAAAAUGGUAAAAUGUGGAAUUAAGAAAGCAAGUGAAAAGUGAAAGAAAAAUGAGUGUGCCAAAAUUGUUGAACUAAAUAGGUACAUUUUGGAAAAUUUAUUAAGCAUUUUCACAAGCCCAAAAUCGGUGGUUACUCAGGAACACGCCAGUUGCUUAAGCGAUUGAAGCAUAUAUUUUCUCUGUUGAUAACACAUUUUACAAACCCAGACAAACCUUUUUCGUUUGAAACGAUCGCUGAGCAACGCGUAUCAUGGGCAUGUGAUUGAUAAAACUUGGUGCUUAGUAAUUUGCCAAGAACACUUACGAUUGUGAUAGUGAAUAAGGAAAAUGCAACCAUUUGUGUAAAAUCGUGGUGUAGCUUGUAAGCAAAUCGAGUGAACAAUUUUGAAAUAACUAUUCGUUUCGUGAGUGAAAAUAAAUAAAUAUAAAAAGAAUUACAUCGACUAUGGCCACCUCUUCACUUUCCAAGGUCGAACGCGAGGUCGAACAGAAUGUACUCAACUUAAGGGUUGAACUAAGCGACGGUACAAAAGGAUACAUCUUUUCGCGUAAUCCGCAUCGCAAUGAAGCGAAAAUGUUCACAUACAACUGUCAUAUUUGCAGCGUUCCAAAUCUACCCGGUGAACGUUGCUUAUAUACGCAUAUCAGUGGACGCCGGCAUCAAACCAAAUUAACGUCGAAACAAUUCGAUGCUAAUUUGUUCCGUGCAACAUUGCAAAGAUCCAAUAAAAUUGUCAUGAAAAUUGCACCAGGCGAACCAGUUCCGCCUGGUUUUGAGAAUGAGGUGAAAGCUGUUGCUGAAAUUCAAUCGAAAAUUGACAAAUGCCGAAAUGUUCCAUUCAUCGGGCUCGAAUAUCUGGCGGAAUUAGGUGUGCGCGACAAACAGGAACCGAGCUACUUGUGUGUACUAUGUGAAAAGCGUGGUGACCCUCGUACAAUUUUGGACCAUCUCACCAGCUAUAAACAUCGCUUGAAAUACUUGGAAAAACAUUUUCCGACGGUAACACGCGAAAUCUCAGUGUAUAGAUAUAGUCGCGAGGCACGUGACGUUUUUCCACACAUUGUUCAGAAAAUCUGUGAAGCCAUUGAAGAGGCAUAUGGUCGAUUAACACCGACCGUUUAUGAUAACGACGAGUAUGAAAAGAAUCGAAUGGCUUGUCUUCAGGAAAUUAUCAACGAUAAGCACUUCAGUGAAAAAAAUGGCUCAUCGUUUAUCCAUGUGAUAAAUCCGAAAGAAAUCGAAGAAUGGAUUGCCAAAAGCAAAGCAAAAAUCACGUCAUCUAAUAAGCGCAAUGCAUCUCCAAUUGAGUUCGAUGAAAUGAAGCGUGGUCGGUCAUCCAAUGAACGCCGACGAAGCUUAGGCUCGAUCUCCAGCAUUUCUAGCUCGUCUCUGGAUCGAUCGCCCAUUUCACAUGGUUACGAACAAAGAAAACGUCUUUCAAACGAUAAAGAAGACGAUGUAAUUUAUGUCGGUUCAAAAUCUCGUUCGCGUUCUCCGCGUGACCGAGCACAUGUAACAAAAUCACCAGGACGGCAAACAAUACCAACUCCGCGUGAACUAUCCAUGCAGGCAAAUGCCAUCAGUGCAGAAGGAUACAAGUGGGAAAAGUACAGAUGUUUGGUUGAAAGUGCGAUGAAAGAUUUGGAAAAGCAACGCUUGGAGUAUGAAAAGAGUCCUGAAAAUCAUCCGCUGUAUCCAGAUGAGUGGAAAGUGUUCUGGAAUCGACGCUACAAAGAACUCCAAGCAGAAAAGAAAGAUCCAACAAAGUAUGAUUUUACACCGGAAUGGAAAACAUUUUGGACAAAGCGAAUGUGCGAACUACACGAUGAAUCGGUUGAGAAAAAGAAAGAUGAAAUACGAAAAAGUUUGAAUUUACCGAAAGAUGGACGGGAACGAACGAGUGAGUUAAAGGAAAAAUAUAGCAUUAAGCCCAAUUCACGAAAGGAAUCUCUAGAUCCGGUGGAUUCAUCAUCAUCAUCGUCAGCACGCAGGGAAAAGGUGGAGAAAACACGUCGAUAUGAAAGGUCUCGAAGCCGUGAAAUGGUGUCAAAAUCCAACGAUAAGUAUAAACGAUCAUCGUAUGAACGUGAAAAAAGUUAUGAACGCAUCGAACGUGAAAGACAUGAGAUCGAUCGAAGAGACAGAGACAGAGACAGAGAACGGCACCGUCAACCAAAUUCACGAGGAAGCUAUCACGAUGAAUCACCGCCGCGUUAUAUACGCGAAGAACGUGAACCUUCUGCCGUCUAUUAUUCCCAUAAUUCGUACAAGUGGCAUCCAGGUCAACCAAAACCGUCCUACUAUUCCAAGUCACACUACUACAGUCGCGAAAUGCCAACAUCUUCGCUGCCAAAAUACGAAGAGCAAGUGGAGGAUGAAACCGAAUGUGACGAUCCACUUACAGUUGUUACCGUAUUGCGCCUCCUUUCAGCUUUAGAAGAAUUACUAGGGCCAAGUCUUGGUCCGAAGAUCGUUGAGUUGUUGGCUAAAGCGUUGGCAUUGGAAAAAGUCAAAGCAAAUUCAGCGGAUGACAUGCUUUUGAAUGAAGAAAACUGUGUAUUGUUGGAAACAAUCAAAGAAAAGUUGAAAGGUCAAUUGAUGAACGACAUGGUUGAAAAACAUCGUAUGAAAGGAGUGAAACGUGCCAUUAAAAAUAUUGCCGGCGUCAUUCAUAUGGCCUCCGAAAAAGAGAAAAACAAAUCUCCCGAAGAGCGGCAGCAAGACGCAUUGAUGAGAGAGAGCUCGGCUGUCGAUAAGCCACAGCCCGUUUUGACGGAAUCAAAAUCGGUUACUAAAACAGCGGAAGAGGAGAAACAUGAGAUGGCGAAAAAGAUUACCGCUGCAUUGAUUGCUCAAGGUAAAGCCGACGUUUCGAAAGAGGAAUUGGAAACAUUAGUUAACUAUUAUUAUGAGCAACGCAAAGCCAAAGAAAGUGCAUCUCAAACCCAAAAAGACGCCCAGAAUACGCCUAGUACAAGUCAGCCUACUGCAUCGUCGAAUAAUAAUGCUGCAUCUAGUGCGCAAGCCAUUGAUUUGACCGAUGAUGGUUGUGAGAUUAAGAAAGACCAUGACGAAGAAUUUGAUUUGCCGCAAGACGCUUCGAAUGCACUGGAAAGUUUGACUGAUGCCGACUUGCAAACGUUGCUGCAGAAUUUCGAAGAUUUAUCGACUGAAGAGCAACAGCACUUACAAACUUACAUGAGAAAGUUAGAAGCGUCCGAUCCAGCACGUGUGGAAAAACUCCGACAAUAUGUGAAUGUAGCAUUUGAUUUACAAAAGUCUGAACUCAACGAAAGAAGCGAUAAACGAAAUUCAUCCGAACGUUCGGCUCAUAUGGAACGAAACGCCGAAUCGAGAACAUGUCAAAAUUCUGAUCCAUACAAUGACAUGUUCUAUGAUGAUACUAAUAAAAAGAAUGAUGCAAAGGUGACAAAUAUCGUUGACUCAGACGAUGAUGAUUACUCGUACGAUGAUUUGUGCAAAGCAGCAUCGAAAAAUGUGAAAGAAAAUCAAAGGGAGCUGGAAAACCGACUGCGAUCUCCUGAAGUCAUAUCGGACAGUGAUUCGGUAAAUAAGCAUGACCAAUUCAUUUUGGAUGGUGAAAGGAGUAUCCAUUACGAGGACUCGAAUCUGUCACGAGCAAGUGGAGAAAAUUCAAGUUCGCGGACUGUAAUUACCGAUACUGAGAGUAUUAUUGCCAAUUUGAUGGGAUCACUGCAUCGAAACGCACAAAAUCGUUCGUCAAACCAUGAAAAUCAACAGCAACGCCAGCAAAUUCAAAGCAACGUACCAUUUUAUUUGCAACCACAAUCACAAGCACCAUACGCAAUGUCCAAUUCGAAAUCAUCAAAUCAAGGCUAUGCGAACGAUUUUAAUUUGGGUGGUCAAAACCAACAGUUUUCUUCAUCGAACCAAUUUAGGAACGCAUAUGGAAGCCAAAAUCAAAAUUAUGGUAAUACUCAACGGCUCAAUAUUCCAUUAAAUAUACCUACAUACCAACAGCAGCCACAGCAAGUACAAUCACCGCAGUUGACAAACCAACAAGCCGCUCUAUUGACACAAUUGAGCCAACAGCAAAACCGUCGUCCAGCAUGGUAGUUUUUUGUUUUCUUAAUCAAUCUUGUUGGCAGAUACUGUUGACUCACAGCACAUUUUUCCACAUUUAAAUUUUAAAUGUUUAAAUGUACUGAAAUGAAACAAAACACAGAGCAUGAAGCUCAUUACAAAUCAUAUAUCGAAUGAAUUUUAAAUAUAUCUGUAAACACUUUUUUACUCAUUCAUUAUUAUUAUGUGAACAUCAUCCAAACAAUAAAUUGGAAGCCAGCCUGACAAAUCAUGCAAA